AUGCAACCGGUGGCCGGCGCGGACGAUUUACGAGCUCUGCUUGAAGUGUUGGAGCAGGUGCACAAGGAAACGCAGGAGCACCGACAAAAGAUUGACGAUACUAUUGAGGCUGCCGACAAGUUCUACCAGCCCGAAGAGGAUGAAGACAUUGCGUCGCUCGAGAAGCAGGUAGAUGCAGAGCGCGCUCGAAACCUGGCCACGAUGGUGCUGCUCGACACGGCCAUUGGGUACCUGGGGGAGGCGACGCAGCAUCUGCGGACGUUUUCACGUGCCGAGGCAGUGAACACGCUUGAGUUCUACAACAAAUGCUCAAAGGAGCUGUACAAGUGGCAGCAAAAACGCCAGCAGGCCGAGUACGAGCUGCUGAAGCUGCGGCAAACCGAAAUCGACGUGGCCGAAAAGCUCUCUGAAGUGCUUGAAAAACUCGAACAUGAUAUGUAG